AUGCUAGGCACCUACCAGGCGGCACAUGAUCUGCUGAACAAGCGAAGCCACAUCUAUAGUUCCCGCCCCAGAGCUGUCAUGGGUGGAGAGUGUCUCAGCAGAGGCUUGCGAACUCUUCUUAUGCCGUGUGGUCAACAAUGGCGAAAUCACCAACGUCUCCAAGCUUCAUACCCCAACGUUCGGAUAUCCCAGAGCUACCGAUGCCUCCAAGACCUCGAGAGCAAACAGCUUGUGUACGAAUUCCUCCGGCCAGGAGUUGACUUUGUGGAUCGCUACCAUCGAUACUCCUCUAGCCUUAUCUUCACUCCCGUCUACGGCCGACGUCUCCCUACUGGCAACGAGCUGGAAAUCAAGGCGAUCGACGAGGUGAUGAAAAACUUUCUCUACGCCGCUCGCGUCGGAACCUGGCUGGAUGACGCGGUACCCGUUCUGAACUACCUACCCAAGUUUCUUGCGUCGUGGAGGCGACUCGGUGAUAGGCUUCAUAAGCUGGAGUCUACUCUUUCUAUAAACAACAUGAUCCAGGGUCUCAAUUCUGCAUCGUGGAACUGGUCAAAACACGUCAAAGGGAUGAAAGAGGGACGGGAGAUGUCGACGAAGGAACUGGCAUAUGAUGUCGGUAUUAUCUACGAGGCUGGGAGCGAUACGACAUCCAUGGCUCUCGAGAUCUUUACGCUGGCGAUGCUGGUAUAUCCCGAUGUAAUGAAGAAGGCGCAGGCUGAAAUCGACAGUCAAGUUGGCAAUCGAUAUCCUGGCUUUGAGGACAAAGAUUGCCUACCUGAUCUGGACGCUAUGAUUAAAGAAGUCUUACGCUGGCACCCGGUGAGUGCUGGCGGGAUCCCACAUGCCGUUAUUCAGGACGACGAGUAUUUUGGCUACCAUAUCCCGGCUGGCGCGGCCGUCAUUGGGAACCACUGGUCAAUCCACCUUGACGAAGGCGUCUACAAGGACCCAUACGACUUCAUCCCUGACCGGUGGAUCGAGGAUCCUUCCCUCCCGUUAGUGCCGUUCGGCUUUGAGAGGUGGAUCUGCACUGGCCAGCAUCUCGCACGUAACAGCCUCUUUAUCAACAUGGUGAGAAUCCUCUGGGCGUUUGACAUCACGCAUGCAUACGAGAGCGUGAUGGAGAUAGACGAGAAAGGUCAGAGAGUGGAAGUCUGGAGAAAGAGUGAAGUUGAUCCGCUUGCCUUCACGCAGGGAUUGAACUCCAAGCCGAUGCCUUUCAAGGUCGAGUUCAAAGUGAGAUCUCCGGAGAGAGCGCAGAUUGUCCGAGAACAAUGGGACAGCGCGGAUAAAAGAAUUGACGUAUUGUUGGAAAAUAUCCGGGCUGAUAUGGGCGGGAAGUAA